CCGGGGCCGCUCCCGCUGCGGCAGAGGGUCCGGCCGAGGCAGAGAGGCCGGCCGGAGCAGACGGUCCUGCCGCUCCUCGCCAUCCUCGCCAUGCUGUCGACGCGCCUCCGCCCGGGGCGGCUGCUGUCCGCCACGCCGCUCCGCCCGCCCGCACCGCGGGGAGCCGCGGCCGGCGGGGAUCCCGCCCGGAGCCCGGGCACCACCCGCGCUGAGCAGGCUCACAAGGUGGUUGCAAGUUACAAACCUUCGAAGUUUGACAAAAAAAUCCUCCUCUGGACUGGACGUUUCAAGACAGAAGAAGAGAUUCCUCUGAGGAUCCCGCCAGAGAUGCUAGACAAGGCAAGAAACAAAGCUCGAGUGAAAGCCUGUUACAUCAUGAUUGGUCUCUCAAUUGUUGCCUGUUUUGCGGUGAUUGCUUCAGCUAAGAAGGCUGCUGCACGUCACGAGUCCUUAACAAGCCUGAACUUGGCAAAGAAGGCCAAGUGGCGGAAGGAGGCUGCACUGGCUGCGGAGGCUGCGCUGGCCGCGGAGACGAAGACAAAGUAACUUCCUCUGAAAUGCUGAAUGUCCUCGGAAGAGCAAAAUGAACAGCUGCUGAGAGCAAUUAGUGAGUUUCACCCCUAAAUGGACAACUGAAGUAUGCACACUCUGGAGCCAAUAUGGGCAGCUACAGCAACACAAAAAAAAAGGGAGGGUCUCUUUCAUUAGGGAGAUAUUUAGGGUACUUGUUGCAUGUAAUUAAAAUUACUUAGAAUGUUUUGCAUAUGAUUAAAAGCAUUUAGUUUUAAAGGAGAUGAGGUAGUUUCCUAAGAAUAUCAGGUAUCAGAUAACCACAAAACAUUUAAACCCAAGAAAUUUUCUGUCUGGUGACAGUGCAGUUUUUCAGUGCACAAAUCUGCCAGUUUGAAUCCAUUAGCAUCAAUGCUGUAUUCAAAAUGGCACUUGCAUUUUUUAGUUUUAAGAAGCAACACUUAUUGAAUCACUACAUAAAUACAAUAAACAUCUGUAAAAUAGGU